GUCCUGAACAGCGCAUCCGCAUUUGAUAGCUUCUGCCUAUAAAUACAGCGCAGUUACAGCCUUGCCGUCUCCGAUCAUCAAAAGGCGGGGCGUUCUCACAUUUCACUCUUUAGGGGCUAGAGGCGGUCGUUGCAGAGCCGAGGAAGUAGCGGGUUUUGGUCUAGGAGAGAAAGACUCUGGAGGGAAGAACCUGAAAGAGGGAGUACGUGGUUCUUUUUAUGCAUCAGAAGGGAAAGUCGCAUAACCGCAGAUCCAGAUCUUUCUCCAGAUCUCGCCUCGCCAUCGAGGGAUCGUAGCAUCUGCGGCUUCAUUUAGGUUUGGGAAUCGUUUGUAAUCCUCACAGCAAACAAUGGCAGCUGCCAAUGGAUCGGAGGAGCGUCUGGCACAAAAGAGCUACUGGAUAGAGCACUCGAAGGACCUCACUGUAGAAGCGAUGAUGCUCGACUCUCGUGCCUCUGAUCUUGACAAGGAGGAGAGGCCUGAGGUACUUUCGCUCCUUCCACCAUAUGAAGGGAAAUAUGUUCUUGAACUGGGGGCUGGAAUUGGUCGCUUUACUGGCGAGCUGGCAAAACAUGCUGCCAAUGUUUUAGCUUUGGAUUUUAUCGAAAGUGUGAUUAAGAAGAAUGAAAGCAUCAAUGGCCAUUUUAGGAACACAAGUUUUAUGUGCGCUGAUGUAACAUCUCCGGAGCUGACUUUUGGAGAAGGAUCUGUAGAUCUCUUAUUCUCAAACUGGUUGCUAAUGUAUCUUUCAGAUGAUGAGGUUCAAAAGCUGAUAGAAAAGAUGAUUAAAUGGAUAAAGGUUGGUGGAUAUAUUUUCUUCAGAGAGUCUUGCUUCCAUCAAUCUGGGGAUUCUAAAAGGAAAGUAAAUCCAACACACUAUAGAGAACCAAGGUUCUAUACCAAGAUCUUCAAAGAAUGCCAAACAUUUGAUGAUUUUGGAAAUUCCUUUGAACUAUCUCUAGUCACUUGCAAGUGCAUUGGAGCUUAUGUUAGGAGUAAGAAAAAUCAGAAUCAGAUUUGCUGGUUAUGGCAGAAGGUAAAGUCAAAUGAUGACCGGGGUUUUCAGCGAUUUCUUGAUAAUGUACAAUAUAGAAGCAGCGGAAUAUUGCGUUAUGAACGGGUCUUUGGAGAUGGUUUUGUAAGUACAGGAGGAAUUGAGACAACAAAGGAAUUUGUUGCAAAAUUAAAACUCAAGGCUGGACAGAAAGUUCUCGAUGUGGGUUGUGGCAUUGGUGGAGGUGACUUCUAUAUGUCUGAAAACUUUGAUGUUGAUGUGGUUGGGAUUGAUCUUUCCAUAAAUAUGAUUUCCUUUGCUUUGGAGCGAGCCAUUGGGUGCAAGUACUCUGUUGAGUUCGAAGUUGCUGAUUGUACUAAGAAAACAUGUCCAGAUGAGACAUUUGAUGCUAUCUACAGCCGUGACACAAUUCUUCACAUACAUGAUAAACCAGCGUUAUUUAGAAACUUCUUCAAGUGGCUGAAGCCAGGUGGAAAGGUACUCAUCAGUGACUACUGCAAGAGCUCAGCAGAUUCAUCCAAGGAAUUCGCGGAGUAUAUUGAACAGAGAGGAUAUGACCUGCAUGACGUGAAGUCUUACGGCCAGAUGCUCAGGGAUGCUGGUUUCCAGUAUGUUACUGCUGAAGAUAGAACAGAUCAGUUCGUGGAAAUUCUGCAGAGGGAACUGGAUGCCGUUGAGAAGAAUAAGGAACAAUUUAUCCGUGAUUUUUCAAAGGAAGACUACGACGAAAUAGUGGAUGGCUGGAAAGCUAAGCUCAAGAGAAGCAAGAAGGGUGAACAGAGGUGGGGCCUCUUCAUAGCUAACAAGAACUGAUGCCAUUGUGAGGCUGCUCUUUCUAAACUUUGGUAACUAUAGAUACUUUGACUUAUUAUCUCUAUGUAUUCUAUAACUACUACUUGGGAUGCUAAUAGACUUCUUUUCAAGCUUUCUUCUGAUGGCAAAUCUUUCAAAUAUUAUUAUUGCUGCUA